GCCGCCAUCUUAGAGGCGGGCAGGGGCGGGCGGAAGGGGCCGGGCGGUGACAGGGAAGGGACGUGGCCGGGGCGCAGCCAUGGCGGCAGCGAAGCCCGGGGCUGGUGGCGGCACCAACCUCCUCUUCUCCUCCUCCGCCACCGAGUUCAACUUCACCGUGCCUUUCAUCCCCGUCAGCCAGGCCCCGGCCGCGCCGCCGGGCCCCGCUUUGCUGGCAGCGGAUGAUUCUGCAGACGUUGGUGAAGAGGACAGCUUCUUGGGUCAGACCACUGCGAGCCCGAAUCCACCACAGACUUUCAACUAUUUCUCUCAAGUACCUAGCAGCAGUGAUCCCUUUGGAAGCAUUGGACAGCCACCCCUAACAACUGUUGCACCGCCUGCUGGAGCACCGGCCUUCUCCAGGCCUCCAACUUCACUUCCACUUGGGUCUGGGCCACAGGAUGGGCAAAAUGCCUUCUCACCGCACGUUCCCAAGUCCCAGGCCUCUUACGGUGCACCACCUACUUCACAGGGGGGAUUGGCGGCUUACCAGACUCCUCAGCAGAGUGGUCCCCCACCUGCAAAUGUUUCUGCUCUUCCCCACGGCACGUCUCCGCAGGGGUAUAACCCUUACCGCCACACCACCCUGAGCAGCAGAGCUAACCCCUACCUUACUCCGCCGCAGCUGCAGCAGAGUCCUGCACCAGGCCAGGCUGCUCACCCGCCGUCCUCUGUACCACCUGUCCAGAUGUACCAGACACCUCCAGGGUCAUUGACGCAGUUUCCACAGCCUCAGUCGCAGCUCCCAGCUCCCAGGCCGGCGGGUCCACUGCUCCAGGCACCUCCUGUUCUGCUUCAGAACCAGUACGAGCCAGUUCAGCCGCACUGGUUCUACUGCAAGGAGGUGGAGGACAAGCAAGUAUGGAUGCCGUUCAGCCUUCUGGAUUCUGCAAAACUAGAGGAAGUCUACAAUUCUGUCCAGCCUGAUCCUGAGAGCGUGGUCCUGAGCACUGACGGGGGACGCUACGAUGUGUACCUGUAUGACAGAAUGAGGAAAGCUGUCUACUGGGAUGAAGAGCCUUCUGAAGUGAGACGGUGCAUGUGGUUUUACAAGGGAGACAAGGACAGCCGCUUUAUUCCUUACACUGAGGAUUUUAGUGAUAAGCUAGAGGCAGAAUAUAAAAGGGCUGUAACUACAAAUCAAUGGCACCGUCGACUUGAAUUUCCAAAUGGGGAGACAAUUGUUAUGCAUAAUCCCAAGGUCAUAGUUCAGUUCCAGCCUUCUGCCACGCCAGAUGAAUGGGGCACCACUCAAGAUGGUCAGGCAAGACCAAGGGUAGUAAAACGUGGAAUUGAUGAUGACCUCGAUGACAUUCCCGAUGGAGAAAUGGCCCAAAUUGACCAUCUAGUAUUUAUGGUUCACGGCAUAGGUCCUGUAUGUGACUUGAGAUUUAGAAGCAUUGUUGAAUGUGUUGAUGAUUUUAGGACUGUUUCUCUGAAGUUGUUACAGACUCACUUCAAGAAAUCUUUAGAGGAACGUAAAGUGAGCAGGGUGGAAUUCCUCCCAGUUCACUGGCAUAGCUCUCUGCAUGGAGAUGCAACAGGUGUAGACAGGAACAUUAAAAAAAUCACUUUGCCGAGCAUUGGACGGCUGCGCCACUUCACCAAUGAGACACUCCUCGACAUCCUGUUUUACAACAGCCCCACCUACUGUCAGACGAUUGUGGACAAAGUAGGGAUGGAAAUGAACCGUUUGUAUGCACUUUUCAUGAGUCGCAACCCAGACUUCAAAGGGGGAGUCUCUGUGGCUGGACACAGCUUAGGUUCCUUAAUUUUAUUUGACAUAUUGUCUAACCAGAAGGACUUGGCGUCAUCAGUAAAUACUGGGGCUUUCUCUGGUCUUAAUGGGACUGUAAAGGAUAUGGCUAUUCAUGAUAAACAGAUGACUGAAGAUACCAGUUCCUUGGGCUCCUCAAUUACUACUUCUGGUGAUGACCUUUGUGAGCCUGAAAUAGACGAUGAUGUUCCUACUUUGCAGAAGACUCUGGAAAUGCUUAGUUUGUCAGACUACGCAAGCACGUUUGAAAAGGAGCGAAUUGACAUGGAGUCCCUGCUGAUGUGCACAAUCGAUGACCUGAAAGAAAUGGGGAUACCUCUUGGACCACGAAAGAAAAUAGCCAAUUUUGUAAAAGACAGAGCAACCAAGCAGGAACAAAAGAAAGCAGCAGCAGAAAAGAAAGCAGUACUGGCUGCCACCCUCCAAACUCAGGAAGCUUCCCAGAAGGCAAAAGAGACAGUUACUUCUAUUUCCCCGUCGGAAUCAGGUCAGCAGCACUCGAAGAGGAGGCUCCCAGUUGGUGCGUCUGUUUCUUCUGUGAAUAUUGACUAUGAGUAUUUUGAAGUUGGAACUGGCCAGGUUUCAGUAGUUUACAAUGCAUUGGACUUUGAACCGGAUAUUUUCUUUGCUCUUGGUUCUCCUAUUGGUGUGUUCCUUACUGUGCGAGGACUGGAAAAGAUUGAUGAAAACUACAGGCUUCCGACCUGCAAGGGUUUCUUCAAUAUUUAUCAUCCACUGGAUCCAGUAGCUUACAGGUUAGAACCAAUGAUCAUUGAAGACUUGGAUUUAAAACCAGUUCUUAUUCCACAUCAUAAAGGCAGAAAAAGACUUCAUCUAGAGUUGAAAGACUCUCUCUCUCGUAUGGGAUCUGAUCUGAAACAGGGUUUUAUUAGUUCUUUGAAGAGUGCGUGGCAGACUCUUAAUGAAUUUGCACGUGCUCAUACAUCUUCAACUCAGCUACAAGCAGAACUGGAGAAAGUAGCUAACCAAAUUAAAGAGGAAGAAGAAAAGCAGGUGGUAGAAGCUGAAAAGAUCACUGAAAGUCCAGACCCUCCAAAAGAUGAGGAUUUUUCAGUGAAAGUUGGAAUGCUGAAUGGAGGACGUCGCAUUGACUAUGUUCUACAAGAAAAGCCAAUAGAAAGCUUCAAUGAGUACCUUUUUGCUUUACAGAGCCAUUUGUGCUACUGGGCAUCUGAAGACACUGCCUUGCUGUUCCUCAAAGAAAUCUACAGGACUAUGAAUAUCAGUCCUGAGCAGCCACAACAUUGAUGUAUGGGUACAUGAAUUUCCAUACCUAUUGGUCUGACAGAUCUGCUGAAAAACAUUUCAAAGAACGUCUACUAUUUUCAUAGUCAGAGGUGACAGGAUAAGCACCAGACUUCCUUUCUGCAGUCCAGAACUUGCUCGGAUUCUGCCUUCCUGUGUCACUUCAAGCAAACUUCUGAAAAGAUCAGCACCGUCAUUCAAGAGACGGAUGGAAUGAAUGACACGAUUUUGAUCUUACCAGUUUAAUUGUACAGUUGCCAAAUAUAAAGUGAUCAUUGAAGAGGUUCUUUGGCAUGCAAAUCAUUACUUCUCUCCUUCCUUCUGUCUCAGCUGGCUGUCAAACGUGCUUUGUCUAUCAAGGCAGCAUGUCCUUAUUAAAAAGGACUUGUUGAGAAACAGCAAUAAUCUGCUUUUCUUGACACGUUUGUUGGGCCACCUUUUAAUACUGAAAUGUGAACUGUAGUUAUAACCAUCUUUAACACAGAUGACACAAAGCUGUUCCUAUUUACUAAAAACUAGCAACCAGAAUCAUUUUCUUACUAUUGUAAGUGUUAUGGAGAUUUUAUAAAGAUGUUUUUAAGCCUCUGUUAUGAGUUUUAUUAUUUUUAAAGUAGAAAUGAAUCUUUGAUUUUGAAAACGUUAGAAGUUUGUUACAGCUAGUUCAGUGUUCACACUUCCUGAGAUGAAGAACAAUUUAAAACAACAUUUUGGUCUAGUAAUUAAUGUAAUUGUAGUGAAGCUAGGCUGCAGCUGCGAGAACUAAAAUACUUACUUUGACCUUGCAGUUUAAUAUCUCAAAGUAGUAAAUGUAAAUACAGGAAUCUGAAGCUUGCACGUGCUAGAUAACAAUCUAGGUCGAGAGCGCCAGUCCAGGCUUAUUUAUCACUUAAUGAAAUUGAGAUGAGUUGGAUAGUGUGAAGUCCUUUGAAUUUGUGUCUCUGAAUACUGAGCUUCUGUAGCUUUCUUCUAGCUUCAACUUACACGCAAAUUGUGGCUUUUCAUAAUAUUAACGACUUAACCUUACUACUGACUAUUUGCUUCUGUUAUCACAGUCAAUGCAUUUUGAAAUGCAGUAUUUUUUUCGUAGUAUAUGUAAAAUACACAUUCUUGUGUAUAUAUUUUGGUUAUUAGAAUUAAAAAUACCUUACUUCCCAUGGCUCUUUGCAGCAAAAUUUUCUAUUUCAUCACAGCGUAGGCUGGACGGGACCUCUGGAAAGAUUCCUUAGUCUAACUCCCCUGCUCAAAGCAGGGUCGGCUUAAAUCAAGGCUAGGGGCCUUGUUCAAAGAUGGUGAUCCAUCACCUCUCUUGGCCCUAUUCUUCUGUUUACUGCUAUUGCUAUUUUUUUCUAAUACAUAACUGAUUUCCCAGGUGGAGCUUGGCUGUUGCCUUUUGUCUUUUCUUGAUGCAUUUCUAAGCAUAGUCUGUCUGUCUUUUCUGUAUCCUCACAUGAGGUAGCUGAGGACAAAAAUGUGAUUUUCCUGAUUGGUUUCUCAAGCCUUUCCUUGACAUCUCCUUUCACGCAAUGUGCUGUGGCCCUGUGGCCAUCUUGGUGUUCCCACGGGACUUGCUUCAGUUUGUCAAAGUCUGUCUUGUUCUGGGAAGCAAGUUUGUCAAAGGAAGUUUUAUUUAAGAACAACAUAUUUGUGUCUUUGUAGACCUUUGUAGACCAAAGACCAAGAUUUGUGAGCCUCACAAUUCUCUUUGUUAGAUAGAAUUGAAAUAAUAAUAAUAAAAAAGGCAACAAACCCUCAGGCAAACAAAACCAACCAAACAAAACAGUUGCCUCAUUUUCACCUUAGGUAUCAUGAGGAUGGAUUUUUCAGCUCUGUGUAGCACUAAACAAUCUGAGGAAUUACAUAGCUCUGAAAUUUGGGCUUACAUAGCUCUGAAAGUGCCUUACUCACUCUUUUAUGUUACUCUGAAGCUGAUGGGCUGCAAUACAGAAACAUUUUAAUAAAUGUGUGAGAAUUGUUGCAAGGGACCCUGGCUGGUGAGGAGCAUGCUUUGCAACGGAAGAAUGCACAGGGGCAAGUUGCAAGUGAGCGAGGACCAGCUAGAGCAGAGAAAUGUUUUUGGGAACAGAGCAUUAGAACUGGUUCUAGUUUUAAGAAUAGAAAUCAGACUGCAACUACAGGAACUAGCAAUUCUUGAAUCUAAAAGCAGAUGCCCAUGUAACCAGUGAUAAUAUAAAACAAUGAAAAACGUUUGGCUCCAUCCUUCUAGUGGGCUGCACCAACUUACUAGGCAGACCAUAUACAGCACCUGUUUUUCUGAAUAGGAGCAGUAGGUCUUGUAAUCCAUAACUGAGUAGGCACCGCUAUUUAAACGUUUUAGCUAUGUAAUCUAUAUACAAACAUUAAAAUUUUUCUUUGCUACACUUUAAUCUGUUCUGAAUUGACCCCAGGGCUAAUACAUUUUUUCUUCCUU